GCUGUUUCCCUAUUGAGCACUCAGUCACCGCGAUCGAUCUGCCUGAGGAGCAUGCAUAUGCGCAGUCAGCUUGGCCUUUCGACUGCACCCUUUUACGCCAGUACCAAACCAUGUCAUUCAUCCAACCUCGCAAAUGUAUCCUUACGAAGGAGCAACUCGCUCACUUUCAGCAGUCAAAGACCCACGAUGAUAUUCUAUCCUUUGUUCAAAACCUCAAUGACACAGUAGUAGGUGUCAAGCUGACAGAUGAAUGUACUAUGUCUCCAGGAGUGCAAGCGAUUCUGAGUGUGCUAGACCGAGUUGAGGCAGUGGCACAAGAUACACCUCCUAUAGACAACAAAGCUUCAAGAUUCGGCAAUCCAGCCUUCCGCACAUUCUAUGAUAAGGUUGCGGAGGUUGCACCUGCCCUGCAUGAGACACUUCCAAGCUUGCCGAAGGAGGCAAUAGAGGAACUAUCUGUGUACUUCCGCGAGUGUUGGGGAAAUAAGUCCCGGAUUGACUACGGAAGCGGAAUGGAACUUAACUUCCUCUGUUGGUUGAUCUGCUUAGAGAAACUCGGUGUGGUCCAAAGCAGUGAUCAUGUCGCGUUGGUCAUACGUGUCUUUUGGAGAUAUGUCGAGGUAAUGCGAGUGCUCCAAUCAACCUAUUGGUUGGAGCCGGCAGGUUCGCACGGAGUAUGGGGCUUAGACGAUUAUCACUUUCUGCCGUUCCUAUUUGGUUCUGCUCAAUUGAAAGGACAUAAGCAUUUGAAGCCGAAGUCAAUACACGAUGCGGAAAUAGUCGACGAAUUCGCGAAAGAUUACAUGUAUUUUGGCUGCAUCAAGUUCAUCAACUCGAUCAAGACUGCUUCACUCAGAUGGCAUUCUCCAAUGUUGGACGACAUUUCUGCUGUGAAAACAUGGGAUAAGGUGAACGAAGGCAUGAUCAAGAUGUACCGCGCAGAGGUUUUAGGCAAACUCCCCGUCAUUCAACAUUUUCUCUUUGGCUCCAUCCUUCCCUGGGACGGUCCUAUGCCAUCGCCCCCGUCUGAAGAGGAUUACGUGCAUAAAGACCACGCACACAUCGCCGAACCGGGUGAAAGGAACCUCGGUUGGGGCAGUUGUUGUGGCAUUCCUGUACCCUCAGUCUUUGGUGCCGCUCAGGCUGAAGGCAAAGUGUUAGGAGCAGGGCUAGCAGGGCCAGGUAUUCGACCUGUGCCCUUUGAUUGAGGACGGCAUACUGAGGUAUCAUAGCCUCCGUCGACGUCGAAACAUAUACGGGAAUCUCGGGAUUCGCACACCCAUGUACAUUAUCAUUUGUAUCCACUUGUAGGGCACGCUAGUGACACAUUGUAACUCCGCUUAUGAUAGCAAAAGCGAAUAUAAAGCUUGUAAGCACUCAUUUGAAUUGAAGUAAACAAAGAGUAAACAAACCA